AAAUAAACAAGGAGACUAGUGUGGUUUUAAAAAUUCUGAGGGUCGUUACCAAAUUAAUCAGCAAAGCUAAUAUUUGGUUCAAUCGAUUGCUAGGUUUUCAGUUGAGAUGUGCUCUCUUACGAGUAGGUGACCUCAUUGUGAAACUAAACAAAGUUCAGACACGAAAAGACACUGAUGGAGGAAGUGGAGGCGACCAAGAACCAGGUAGUUGUUCUUCAAGGCCAUCGAUUAGUGAAACUUCCUGGGCGGAUGCGCAAAAACCGUCAGUGCCAAAUGAAUUUACGUCAACUUUAACAUCUAUUCGACAGCAGUUUCCGCUUAGCGAUGAUAGCGAUAAAAACAUAAUAUCAACUGGGAAACAAGAGCCAUUAGAAGAAGCUAGACAUGAUCGACACGAUCGACAUGAUCGACAUGAUAAAUGUCUUUUACGAGCUGACUGUCCUAUUCAAGCUAUCCAAGUAACCGGUUGUGAGCCAUCAGACACUAAGAUGGAGCCACUGAUGGUCUCGACGGCUUCUUCAAGUUCUUCGGUAUCUGGACAAACGAGACUUUCUACUAGUUUACUUUUCGAGCUACCGGACUCUCGCAGAGGAUCCACUACUCCAAGUGACAAAAUGCCGGCUAUCAGUAAAGCUCAAAUGAAAGAAUUCGAAGAAGCAUUCAAUCUCUUUGAUAAAGAUCGUGAUGGAAGUAUUACCAAAGAAGAACUCGGCAGAGUUAUGCGCGGUUUGGGGCAAUUUGCCAGAACAGAGGAAUUGCGAACAAUGCUCGAGGAAAUCGACACUGACGGUGAUGGAAAUGUCAGUCUAGUGGAGUUUGUCAAGAUUGUUAGUAAUAUUGGCAAUGCAAGUGCUGCACAACAGACAGAUCUUACUCAAGAGCAACAGGAAGAACAAGAAUUACGCGAUGCAUUUCGGGUCUUUGAUAAACACAACCGUGGUUAUAUCACAGCAUCUGAUCUAAGAGCGGUGCUACAGUGUCUGGGCGAAGAUUUAUCCGAGGAAGAAAUUGAGGACAUGAUCAAAGAAGUGGAUGAAGACGGGGAUGGACGAAUUGAUUUUUGCGAAUUUGCUCGAUCACUUGUGAAUCCAUCGAGUGACAAUGAAGAUGAAGAAGAGGACGACGAGCUACCGCAGUCACCUCUUUCUUAAAAAACAAUAACUAUAAUACGAAUGCUUGUUUAAUAUUUAUUGGUAUUUUUCUCUGUUAACGAAAAAUCAACGAGCAAAAAAAACUUAAAAUUUAAUAAACUUAAUUAAUUAAAAAUAAAUAAAAUCAUAAUCACUGCACGAUAUUGUCAUUAAUAAAUUUAUUCAUACUGACACCUCGCGUGUCUACAAGUGAUGUAACUAUGUGUAUAUGUAUAAUGUAUAUUUAAUUGUAAUUUUGGCUUUUAAAUUUUUAAAAUAUUUAUUGAGUUAAAGUUACAGAAAAAAAUCCAAUAUUUAUAAUAAUGAUAAAUUAAAAUGACAAUUUUAUUCUGUAAUUUAAAUAAAACAACAAGAGAAUCAGUAGAGAGAAUUAUUUUAUAGGUGCGUUGAUCUCGAAUAAAAUUAUAUUCAGACCUGUCGAUUGUAAUCUCUCACUGAUUUUCAAUAUCUAAAGAAUAAAUAAUAUAAAUUUUAUCUCGUACCUUAAUGAAACGAGAGGUUUCGCGUUUUACAAUCAAUUUAGAGUCCAGUUAUGAAAACAAUAUUUUUUUUUUUUUAUUUUUUUUUUUCUAAAUUAUCAUUUCUACAGAUUUUAAAUUAUUUAUGUAUAAAUUAUAAAUUUUUUAAAUAUUAUAUUUUCAUUACUGGGCAAAAAUAUUGAAAUAUUAAAAAAAAAUUCUACAUAUCCAAAUAAAAAAUUCAAUCGCUUACAUUUUGAGACAUUAAUCUUUUAAUUAAUAUUUGUAGAAUCAAAUUAAAAUAACGGAAAUAUAAAAGUACUGCAAAAAUAUCUUUGAACAAAAAAAAAAUUUUUUAAUAUUAAUUUGUGGAGCUUUAUUUUAAAAAAUAUUAUAACGAGUAUUCAAAAACUUUUCAAUUGAGUAAAAUAUUUAAAUAAAAAAUUAAAAUAAUGAAAAAAUUACUUUUUCUCAAACUGCAUUCCAUUUAUUUUUGUUUAAAAAAAAAAACAUUUAGAUAAAUAAUUAUAAAAAAAAAAAAUGAUAGUCACAUCCAUUGAGUAAAGGUAUUUUUGUCAUAAAAAUUUAAUUAAAAUGAAAAAAUCAAAGAUUAUAUAAAAACUCUAUAAAUAAGUCCACUGGUCAUAAAAUUAAAUAACUAAUGAAAUAAAUAAAUUAUCAUCCUACCGCACGCAUGCUCAAUGAAUUUUUCAUUAAAAAUCCUCUAUUAAUCUUUUUCAAUUUAAGAAAAUAUAAAGUUAAAUAUAUACCGACCAGUUGACUUGUACCAAUAAUUAAAAUUAUUAAUGCAAGAAAGUAUUAAUUUAUUAAAUAACUAAUUAAAUAUUAAAUUAAUUAAUUGUCAUUAAAAUAUGCUUAAUUAUUUAUUUAAUUAUUUGUUAGAAAAUUUCAUAAAUAGAAUUAAAUGAAAUAUCCAAUGGCGCUCAAACUUUUUAAUUUAAAUAAAUAAUAAAUAAAUAAAUACCCAUGUUAUCUCGACAUUUUUCCAAUUAUAAUAUAAUUAAAUUAAUCUAAUCUGAU